UUACACACAGCUAAUUCACUGUCCAUUCUAUAGGGUUUCCUCUUACUCCUCAGGAGAAUACUGCCGGAGCUCCGGUGACCACCACUGUCACCGGCGAAGGACAUUUCAUUUCCUUUCCUGAAGCUCAGUCAUUUUAUUGACGGAGGUUUUCCAAUCGAUUUGGUAAAAAGAUGAGCAGCUCAGAUGAGGAAUCAGACUUCAGUGAUUCUGAGAUUAAUGAUUAUAUAGAGAAACCUUAUCAAGAACUGAGAACUGGAAAAUACAAAGUGAAGGGUCCAAAUGGGUCUCUCAGAUGCCCCUUUUGUGCUGGGAGGAAGAAGCAAGAUUACAAGUACAAGGAACUGCUUCAACAUGCUUCUGGUGCAGGUAAAGGUGCUCGUUUAGGUGCAAAACAAAAAGCAAAUCACUUGGCACUUGCAAUGUACUUGGAAUCUGACCUAGCUAAUGAGGCUGAGCCAGUACCCCCACGUGCUGUCACACCAGAGCGCACAGAAGCCGAGCAAACAGAAGUAUUUUGCUGGCCUUGGACUGCGGUUGUUGUCAAUAUGUCAAAAGAAACAGCAGAUGGAGAAUCUGUGGACGACAAGGAGUAUUGGUUGAAAAAAUUCUCCUUGUAUAAGCCCUUGGAAAUUAUGCUUUUCCAUGAUAACCAAGCGCUGGUGUCUGAAGCUAUUGUGACUUUUGAUAGGAAUUGGACUGGUUUCAAUAAUGCAAUGGAAUUUGAGAAAUCCUUUGAAGCCAGGCGCUGCAGUAAAAAGGAAUGGUGUGCCCAUAAAAGUUGCCCCAGUUCAAAUAUUUAUGGAUGGGUUGCUCGGGAAGAUGAUUUUAGAGCAGAAGGGGCAAUAGGAGAAUACCUCCGUGGAAAGGGGGAGUUAAAAACUAUAUCUGACCUGAUCAAGGAAGAAACCCAGGAUAGGAAUAAGGUCGUAGCUACUCUAGCUAACGAGAUUGAUAUGGAAAAUGAAAAUCUGGAUGAGCUGCAGAUACAGUUCAAUUUAAAGACGUUGUCUCUUAGGCAGAUGCUUGAGGAGAAAGACAUACUACAUCGUUCUUUCUUUGAAGAAACAAGGAAGAUGCAACGCCUUGCACGGGAGCAUGUACAGAAGGUCCUACAUGAGCAGGAGAUGCUAAGUGUAGAGCUGGAGAGGAAGAAGAAGCAGCUAGAUAUUUGGAGCAGAGAAUUGAACAAACGUGAGACCUUAACUGAAAGAGAAAAGCAAAAGCUGGAUGAGGAGAAGCAAAAGAAUGACGUAAGAAACUCUGCACUUCAAAUGGCCUCUGCAGAACAAAGGAAAGCUGAUGAGAAUGUGUUGAGACUAGUUGAAGAACAUAAGAGAGAGAAGGAGGAAGCUUUGAGAAAGAUACUUGAGUUAGAAAGAGAGAAUGAUACCAAGCAGAAGCUGGAAAUGGAAAUUGCAGAACUUAAAGGAAAACUAGAAGUUAUGAAGCAUCUAGGAGGUGACGACGAUGCAGCUGUGCAAAAUAAAAUCAAGGAGAUGAACGAGGAGCUGGUUGGGAAAAUGGAAGAAAUGGAAGACUUGGAAUCCUUGAAUCAAACCCUUCUAGCGAAGGAGCGCAGGAGUAAUGAUGAGCUACAAGAUGCUCGGCGCACGUUAAUUACGGGAUUGAAUGAGCUCUUGACCAGCGGGCGCUCCCAUAUUGGUAUAAGAAGAAUGGGGGAAAUCGAUUCAAAAGCUUUUCAGAAUGCAUGCAAGCAAAGGUUCCCAAAUGAGGAAGCUGAGAUCAAGGCUUUAGAACUGUGUUCUCUUUGGCAGGAAAAGAUAAAAGACUCUGAUUGGCAUCCAUUUAAAACUUUCAUGGUUGACGAGUCCAAGGCUGAGAAAGUGAUCGAUGAGGAUGAUGAAGCGCUAAAAAAGCUCAAGGAGGAAUGGGGGGAUGAAAUUUACAAUGCAGUAACUGAAGCUCUAAAGGAGAUUGAGGAAUACAAUCCCAGUGGCAGAUAUGUGAUCCCUGAGCUGUGGAAUUUCAAGGAACAAAGGAAGGCUACACUAAAGGAAGCAAUCAGCUUCAUUUUCAAGCAAUUGAAGACACAUAAGAGGAAGAGAUGAUAACAAGGUGCUCAUAUAUUGUCUUCUAUUUCUGUCAAAUGGAAUAUCUGCUUACACCUUCACUUGCUCUGUUUCAUGCAUUGUAGUGCAGUAUCUUGUUAGUGGUUCAUUACAUAGUUGCUGACGAUGUAGGACUCUUCGGCAACAGAUGCUAUGAGAAUUUACGUGGUGGAAAUUGGACGUCUCUCGCUAUUAAAUUAGUCUGUUGCUAGCACUUAAAUAUUCUUCAUGGCGGUUGUAAAAUUUGUACCACUGACUAGUAAGAUGAUUUUCCGUGUAAUUGGACUUAGGACGUUCUAAAUUGAUGAUUGCUGAAUCUCAGAUUA